AUGAUGACCUCGAGAAAAGAAGGCUACGAAGAAGGGGUAACAUCUAGGAAAGAGCAACUUAGUUCCGAUGUAGAGCAUACUCUGAAGCUUGCCAACGAUUAUGCUCUUGGUUCAAUACGCUCCGAUGGGCAUUGGUGCGGGGAGUUGAGGUCCAAUGUCACUAUCACGGCUGAAUACAUCUUCCUUCGACAUGCUUUGGGCUUAGACUUGAGAGCCGAUAAUGCGGCUUACUGCCGCUAUAUACUAUCACAGCAGAACUGCGAUGGCUCAUGGGGCCUAGCACCUGAGUAUCCAGGCGACGUAUCGACCACGACUGAAGCCUACUUAGCACUCAAGUUGCUGGGGGCGAGUCCGGACAUGCCAGUCAUGCAACAAGCCCGCGCAUUUGUCCUCAAAGCGGGCGGCGCUGAAAAAGUUCGCGUUUUUACUCGCAUCUUCCUGGCAACCUUCGGGUUGUUUCCAUGGGAUGCAGUGCCCCAGCUGCCCGUGGAGCUAAUUCUUCUGCCUUCUAGUUGUCCAAUCAACAUGUACACUUUAGCGUCCUGGGCCCGAGGAACCAUUGCCCCGCUGCUGAUUAUCUGCCACCAUCGGCCCGUGUACGCGCUACCGGAGGACUACCUAGAUGAGCUAUGGCUCAAUCCGACGGACAAAAUGGUGCCGUAUGGCUCAUCACUCCGGGAUCUGCUGUGCCAAGGAGACUUUACAGGACUUGCAUUUAGUGUCGUGGAUAACUUGCUUUACUACCUGAAUGGUCUCCGUUCCGUCCCUUUGCUCCGAUCAUACGCCCGACGAAAAUGCCUACAGUGGAUCCUCGAGCGCCAGGAGCCCACUGGUGACUGGGCUGGGAUCUUUCCUCCGAUGCAUGCCAGUAUUUAUGCGUUCGUGCUAGAGGGCUACGAGCUGGAUGACCCUCCAGUCCGCCUUGGAAUUCAAGCAUUGGAGAACUUUGCUUGGGAAGAUGAGACGGGCAAACGGAUCCAAGCAUGUGUUUCUCCCGUGUGGGACACAGCUCUGAUGUCGAUCGGGCUCUGCGAUGCCAUGUCGCCCGAUAAGCACGUCCUCCAGCAGGCCAUCACUUGGAUCCGGAAUCGCCAAUUGCUGAAGCCCUGCGGGGACUGGCGGAUCUACCGCCCUAAGCUAGCCCCCGGAGGGUUUAGCUUCGAGUACGAGAAUAGCCACUAUCCCGAUGUGGACGACACCGCGGCCAUCAUUCUGGCUCAGCUGAAGCAGAAUCCCCAAUCUGUCGCUUCGGAGUCUGUAAUUGCCGCUGCAACAUGGAUCCUCGGCAUGCAGAACCCUGAUGGCGGCUGGGCUGCCUUUGACGUGGAAAAUGAUAAGCUGUUCCUCAACAAAAUUCCCUUCAGUGAUAUGGACAGCUUGUGCGAUACCUCCUGUGCCGAUAUCACUGGGCGGAUUCUGGAAGCCUUCGGCUUGAUGAUGAGACGUGAAUCGAAAAGGCCCGUCCUUUCUCCAAUGUUACGGCAUGCAUGCACUCGGGGGAUCACAUACCUUGCAUCCACACAAGAGGCCAACGGCGCCUGGUUCGGACGAUGGGGGUGUAACUACGUCUAUGGGACGUCUCAUGCCCUGUGCGGAUUGGCUUACUACAUGGAAGAUGACAAGCGAGUCAGUGGGCUAGUGGCGCCGGCGCUACAAUGGCUAAAAUCCAAACAAAAUGACGACGGCGGUUGGGGCGAACCGCUACUAUCCUACCGAACAACAGGCACUCAGCAGCAGCAGCAAUCAACUCCAUCACAGACUGCAUGGGCGCUAAUGGGACUAUUGGCCCACCUUCCCCUCACUGACCCUGCUAUUGAGCGUGGGAUCCGGUGGCUGGUAUGUUCACAACAGCCAGAAAAGGGCAUUGGAGCUUCCUGGCCCGAAGCGGUCUACACGGGAACAGGAUUUCCCAAUCAUUUCUAUCUGGGCUACGACUACUAUCGGCAUUAUUUCCCCAUGAUGGCCCUUGGGCGCUAUUUGCAGGCGAGUCGGGUUCGCGCCUGA